AUGGCUCGUCUGAUGUACCCGUCUACGGCCGUCCGCGGCCACGACGCCGAGGUGAUCGAGGUGCUGUGGCAGCAGGACAUCGACCUGGGCCUGACCCGACACGACUUCGACCCGAUCCGCUCCUUCUCCGAGGAGGACGAGACCGCUCCGCUACCGGAGAAGGUCGCUCGUCUCGAUGAUGAGUGGCAGCCGGCCGGCGCGCCUGCAGCGGCGUCAAGUGGCGCCGCGGCCGUGGAUGACUCGCUCGACGACAUUUGGGCUGGUCUCGAUUACAGCAUCGACUCGGAGACAGGCGAGUACGUGCUGUGCCUACCGGCCGUGUCGCCGGCGGAGAGCGCGCAGCAGGUGCCCUCCUCCGUCGAUCAGCUGAACUCGGCGGUCGACGCGCUGGACGAGCCGGCCCUGUGCGGACCCAUUCCGACCACCAUCGACGACCUGAUCAGCGCCCAGAGCCGGCCCAUGCCGACGACGGAGGUGCCGCUGCAGAGACGCCUCGCCUCCUGCGACUCGGGCCAGGGCAGUCUGGGCGACGCCGACUGCAGCGCCGAGCAGAUAGCUCUGCUUGACCAGAUGAUCGAGGCCGCUCAGAACCACACGAUUGCCAGCCAGCCCCGUCAGCCGCUGGUGCGGAUGGUGAGCAUGGAACAACGCUGGCAGGAUCUGGCCAGCGUUCUGCUGCUGCCUGGCCAGCAGCCGCCGGCGGUGCCGCCGACGGCGACGCUAGCGCCGCCCAGCGGCCCGCUGACGCAACAGGCCGACUUCCACGACAGCCACGGCGCCUUGGGCCAGACCAGCCCUCCGGCGUCCGCGCCGUCCGGUGGCGCCACCGGCGGCGAUCUCCUAUACUACCAGCUGUCACCGGUGACACCGAUGGCCGAGCCAGCGCCUGCGCUGCCGCUGGACCGGGAGGAGGCUUUCCUCUCGCACCUGCUGGACGCGGACGAUCUGGACCUGGACAGUGCGCCCAUCACGCUCGCUGCUGAGGACUGGGUCGGCAGUCAGACUGGGGGAGAUGUCCAGCGGCCCGUCUCCCUGCCCGACCACCCGCAGUCUUCCGGGAGCGGACUGAACGGGCUCGGCUCGUUCAGUCGGUGUCCGGCCCCGGCCGGCGCCGGCUCGGGCCCCGACCCGCCCAGCCACGGCCGUAGUCCCGGCCUGCCUGUGGCCCAGAAGAAACACCAGAUGUACGGCAGACGUGUUUUCACCGGAAAUGACGGCCUGUACCGCGGCCCGAGCCCAGCCAGCACUACCAGCGUCUCCCCGGCUCCGGUCUCGUCGGCGCCGGCCAGUCCCGGCCGCUACGCCGCCGAGGGGGGCCUGCAGGCCGCGUACCCGCCGGCCAACACGCCGACGCCGGGCGAGGCGGCCACCGACUGUGAGCCGGACGAGAUCAAGUUCAGCCGCAGCGCUCAAUUCACUAAGUCCCCUGCGGAGCGGCUCGGCCCGGUGGCGCACAACCACAGCUACCAGCAGCCUGCGCUGGCCGAGGGGCCGAGCGAGGCGCAGCGACCCAUCGCCCGCGACAAAAGUGGCGAGCGCAAGGGGGAGCGGCUGUCGCGCGACGACAGGAGGACACGCGCCAUGAACAUCCCGCUGUCGGCCGAGGACAUCGUGCACCUGCCCAUGGACGAGUUCAACGAGCGGCUGGCCAGGCACCAGCUGACCGAGGCUCAGCUGAGCCUGGUGCGCGACGUGCGCCGGCGCGGCAAGAACAAGCUCGCCGCGCAGAACUGCCGCAAGCGCAAGCUGGACCAGAUCGCCGCGCUGACGGAGGACCUGAAGAAGGUGCGCGAUCAGAGGCAGCGCACGCUGUCCGAGCAUCAGUUCCUGACCGAGGAGCGCUCUCGUAUUCGCGACAAGUAUGCACGGUGACACCGUGCCUGUCCGCAGUCGCUGAGGGACGCGGAUGGCCGGCCGUACUCGCCGGCCGACUUCAGCCUGCAGAUGUCGGCUGAUGGCAACGUCCUGCUGGUUGCUCGCAGCGCCGCCAGGGGCGCUGUGAUCGUGGCCGACCCGGCCGUUGGCGCGGGGCGUAGCAGGUCCCAGUGAUGAAGACCAGGCCGGGACUCGGAGGUGGCGCCAGCGGCUACGCCAGGCACUGCGCCUGGGGGCCGUCACGGACGCCGGGGAACGUGCUCAUCGAGCGCGCUGCCUU